GUCAGUGCGGGUGGUAGUUUGUGAGCUAGUGCUGGCUUACGUCUUUUCAUAAUUGUGUGUUCGUCUUCUGUCGGGGUGUGUGUGGAGGUGGUUGUGGGCUAGGGCCUCACUGAGAAUUGGAGGUGACCCAGGCAUGAGUCUCCCACCGCCCUUGAGGACUAGUUGAGGCCGAGGCCGGCCCCUUGUUAACCCCGCGCAGCGCGAGCGCGGCCGUCUCAGCGGAGCCCCUCCGCCCGUAUUCCCCCCAUUGGCUGCUUGGUGUUCCCAGCAUGGCUUGUGAAUGUGUCUUGGAUUCAAUGGAGCAGCAGAUAUGAAAGUGGUGGAAGCAGCUUGAAUCCGUCCUAAGCAGAGACACGGCCUUGAAUUGAGAUCUCUAGUCAAGUGUUUCGGGCAGAGGCUGCAGAGAAUCACCGGAAGUGACACAUCUUGAUGCUGAAGUCAUUCCACGGGUGUGGACAGUGAACCUCCCCGGGAGGGAGUGAACCAUCAAACCCUACCUGCUUGGGCAGAGAGGGUUGGUUGGACCUUUUUGAUGUAAGAUUGACUUCUCAAGCAUGGAAGCAUCCAUCCAAAGACCACACCAUCCAGGCCCCGGAGGAGACAGCAAUACCACAGUAGACAACCAUGGCCGUGGCUUCUAUGACUUCUCUCUGUCAAUCCCCUUCCCAUCCUCUAUGGAGGCAGAGAUCGCCUGUCGCUCUUUGAACCCGGAUCCUGAGCCUCGUCGGAGUGGUGUCCAGCGGGAGUUAACUGUCAUCGGGAACAAAUUGAUUCUUCACUGGAGAGCAGAAGAAGCACGAUUCUUUCGAGCUUCUGUCACCACCUUCCUGGACUAUCUGGCUCUGGUGCUGCAGACUAUGGAGCGUUUUGGGCCCCCGGGGUCCCACUGAGACACCUCUCCCUGACCCACUCUUGCCCUGGCCCAAGUACCCCCACAGCUCUCACCCCUAUUCCUCUAAUGAAGAGCUACCAAAAAGGCUAAGCUUAGAAAAUGUGGGAAAACAGAAACCAAGACCUCUCCCCAACUUCCUUCCCUGCUUAUUCCCCUUUCCCAUAUCACCAUCCAAUUUUGAAUACCAUAUUCUCUUCCACCAAGAAGAUGGAAGUUGGAACAGGAGGAUCUUGAUUCCACUUGCCCAUUCCAAUAUGAACUUGUUACAGAAAAAUAAAUCUCAUUAUACAAACACACACAAACCCCAAACUAACUGGCCCCUUAAUAAGAAGCAGUCAAUUUUGCCUUCUCCCAGUGUAGACAUCAAACUUGACUUAGAACUUGAAUUACAGAAGGUGCGGGAGUUUUUUAUGUUGUUUUUUGAGGGGUGGGGUGGGGUGAAUGUCACCUUUAACCCUCAGGGGACAAUUGGUAAACAGGAAUGAAGAUUAUAGAUACUUAUUAUAUAUGUGCAUGUCAUCCCUCUCAUUAGAAUGUAAGCUCCUUGGGUACAAGAAUUGUUUGCACUUUGGUUUUUGUAUUCCUAACUCUUAGCAUGGUCAUGAAAUAUAGUGAGCACUUAAUAAAUGCUUGUUGAAUGGCUGCUUGAUUAAGAUGGGAAUAUCUGGAAGGACUUUAGAAUGCAUAAGAUUUCCAUUCAGCCUCUUUUGUCCGUUCCCUUCCUGGUCAUCAGAAUGGAAUCUCUAGCUCUUUUCUUGUGGAUAGAGCAAUGGCUGACAGCAGUAAGUCCUUCCUGUCCUCCCUUCCUGGUGCACCCAGGAACACACACACUCUUUCCCUCUUCCCUUCUUUCCCUGUGCCUCUUUAUCCUCUUAACCCUUCCCAAUAUCUGCUUCCCUCUCAUUAGUUUAAGGAUAGAAGGUUCAGCUGGGCCCCAGAGAAGGAAGGAAAUUCUUUUUGCAGGAGGGUUAAGUCUCUUGAAGAUUAUUACUUAGAAUUAUCUGUAGGAUUAAUUCUAUAAAUCUAAUGGCUUUUCAUGUUUGUAUUGAACUGGAAAAUUUCAAAUCCAUAUUGUUACAAAUUCCUCAUUAAAUUUUUAAUUUCCCUCAAAA